CCGUGAUCUCUACAGAGAAAGUGGAAGUCGUGAAGACAAUCGUUGAGUUGCCCACAACACAACCCGUGCAGGCGAUGAUCACCAAUGGACACGUCCAGACAUCAGUCAAUGGAAUUGUGGUCCAGAACGGACUCGCGACCACUCAAAUGAAUAACAAAGCGGCCACUGGAGAGGAGGCGCCCAAAGCUAUAGUAGUGACUACUCGACAACAGUACGGUUUGCCUGAAGACGCGAUUGUGUUUUGCAAUUUCAAUCAACUCUACAAAAUAGAUCCGCAAACACUUAGGACUUGGGUUAAUAUCCUAAAACGGGUGCCAAACAGUGUGUUAUGGCUGUUAAGGUUCCCAACUGUCGGCGAGACCAAUAUCGUGGCCUCUGCUGCCAGUUAUGGUCUUCCGGCCGGACGGUUAGUCUUUUCAAAUGUUGCCGCAAAGGAGGAGCACGUGAGGAGAGGGCAACUCGUGGACGUGUGCUUAGACACG